GCAGAUGCGCAGGCUGGUCUGGAUCCAUGCUGGUCGCAAACCCAUUAUGUUGGUUUUGUCAUAACACGGCUCAUAUUAUGUUGUAGAAACAAAUUUAGUGGACAAUUUCGACAUUUUCUUUUUCUCUUGGAAUAUUAUCGUGCCUUCCUUUUUCUAUCUCCAGAUUGUAAAUUGACAGUCUAUUAUGAGUCUAAAUUUGGUUAAAAUAUUUGUAAUGAUUAGAAUUGCUUGGUCAUUUCAAUAAGUACAUUGAUGCAAAGCUUAAAUUUAUACACUCAUUGAGGAUUUUUAUUUCGUAACAAAUAAGUACCUUAAAAUAUUUAUACAGUUUUCAUUUAUCAUCUGUUCUUUGAAUUAAUUUCAAUUUCAUUAGUAUUUAUACGUGUGUUUUUAUUAUAUAUUUCAGAAGUUAAAGAUGGUCUCUUUGAAUUCUACAAAACAAGACACAGUAAAAUAUUCCUGUCGCCUCUUUUUGAAGAGAAAGACACACCGUUGGCUUCUUUCUAUAUCAGACCGGAACUGAGCUCAAUACUCUCAACAUCGACGAGAAAUGAUGACAAAAUAACAGUCAAAUCGUUAUCGGAGAUAUUCAAAUUUGACAAAACGGAAAAUCGAGAAAUAUAUGUACUCGCUGAUGCUGGUCUCGGAAAAACUGCAUUUUCAAAGUAUCUAGCUAAUGUGUGGUGUCAAGCUCAUUGCCCGGAUAAAGACUUAAAUGAACUUUUGUCAAAAGAUGAUAUAGACUGUAUGAAAGAAUUUGAUUACUUAUUCCUUGUCUUAUUGCGAGAUUCGGACGAUUUGUGUUCUAUAGAUGAGCUCAUAUUUGAAAAGAUUGUUUCAAAUUUGGGUCUAGAAGAAACGCUUUCCAAAGAUAUCUUGCUUAAAAUUUUGAAGAAUGAGAAAUGUCUAAUUAUACUUGAUGGACUAGAUGAAUGGAGUCACCCCGACAAGAAAUGUUACAGAUCGCCCCGAUCGAUCCCCCACAGGAAUGACCAAAAGAAGUGUACAAUACUGACCACCACGCGACCAUGGAAAUUAGGAGUUAUGAACCUUAACUCCUGGGAAAUGGGUAAAAAAGUAGAACUUACAAAACUAAGUAAAGACUCGGCAGAUACACUUACAAGGAGAAUAAUACAAAGAUGGAAGUCUCACCUGAAUAAAGAUGCAUUAGAUAGUGACGUCACACAGUUCAUGGAAACAAUCAAUAAGGGAGAAAACGACGAGCUUGCCUUUGUGCCUCUACUUUUAAUAUAUACAACCUGUUUAUGGUGCGAGGGUGUUCAAAUAGGAGAUUCAAAAUGUGAUCUUUAUAUAAAUAUAGUCGAACUUCUUUUAUCGAGAACGAUUCAGAUCCACGGGGAGCUUCAACAAUCGCCGGAACUUUCUUCCAGUGACAUCCCAGAAUGCUUUGCUGAAUAUGAUAACUGUACGAAAUACUACUCACUCCUGAUGCAUAUAGGGAAAUUAGCUUAUUAUACAUUAUUCAAUGAAACAAAAGAAAACACGCUGGUAUUUGAUGGAUCAAUUGCUAGAAAAUAUCUCACACAAGACAUGAUGGAAUUCACCCUUCACUCAGGAAUGUUGUCAGAAAGUACAUCUAAAACAGCGAGAAAAAAGUUUAGUAAAGUAUCGUUUUCUCACAAAACAGUGCAAGAAUUCUUUGCCGCCAUAUUUAUAAGUUCUCAAAGUGACGCUCAGAAAAUUGUUGUAGAAAAAUGUAGAAAUGUUCAAGACAUUCUGGACAUGUCAAAAAUUUGUGAAUUUAUAAGUAAAAUGAAUGCUGACCUGAUGUGUGCAAUAUCAAAUGAUUUGAUGUCUGUGAUAAAUGAAGACGAGAAAACACGCGACUAUAGAACUAGGAUACAUUACAGUGACUCAUUGUAUAACAUACAGAAAAUGUUCAUGUCGUGUUUACAAGAAAUGCCUGAACGUGAAAAUAUUCAAUUAUGUUUACAAGAUUUCUUCAUUGACGGGGACACGGAGGUGCUCAAUGCGCAGUUACAACGUUUAUUAAAACAAAAUAAAACCAACAUAAAAUCACUUUAUAUAGACAUCAGAGAUACUUCCAGCAGUUUACGUGAAAUUAUAGAUUUAUUCUCUCUCACAGAUCUCAGUCAUAUACAGAAACUUCUCUAUUAUGGUGACAGGGAGAAGGAGGCUAAAAUAAGUCGGAUAUUGUUUCCCAGUUUACAGUACGUUACUUUGUUUGGUGGAACAUGGACAAAUGAUGAAGAAAAUCUAAAUGAAAACAUGGCGCGAUGUCAAAACUUACAAUACUUAAAUAUUGGCGGCUUCACGUUAUCUCACAAAAUACUGGAAACAAUUUUCAAUUUUAUCUCCGGUCAAAAAUCAAUGAAAGAGUUAACUUUGUAUAUGUUAGUCUGUAAAGAACAUGGCCGCCAUGAUUGUAAGAGAUGGAACUUGGACUUGUCUCAACAUUCAACUCUAUCAAAGUUAGACUUGUCGACGUUACCUGGGAGGCUACAAUUAAAUAUAUCAACACCGUCAUUAGUUAAUGUUACGUUGUGGAGUAUCAAUCUAGAUGAAAGUUCAUUGUUACUGUCACGUGACAUGUUGAAUAUUGAACGUGUGGAUUUGGAGGAUAUAAAAAUGUCUGCAGGAAGUUUACAGAACUUUAUUAUCGUGCUAGAAAAUCUGCCGCAGUCAGUUACAGUAGAGAUGACAGACAUUAAACCGGAAACAGAAUAUGACCGUGUUAGAGAAAAUAUUCGGAGAUCACAAACUUUUCAUGUGAUACAAGAAGAAGAUGAAGAGCAUUUAUUUGAGUUCAAAACAAUAAAACCAAGCAAAGGAUAGACACGGAAAAACAUUGUGAAAUAAACCUAAUUAUAUUAUUUCAAUGAUUUUAAAUAAACAAAACAAUAUAUAGAUGGACACUUAGAAACAAAAUGGCGGAUCUUCAAACUUUGAUUAGCUAGGACAUACAUGUACAUGUACUUUCGUUUUCAAUUAAUAAUUUAAGUGACACUUGUUUAUAAAUAAAUACAUAUAAUUAUUAAUAGAAAUAAUUCAAGGAAGUUUUUACGGAAUUCAAUGGAUAUAAAAGUUGGAUUAAGAUAUGGCAAUAUUUGACAGCGGCCAUGGAUCAAAAUUGUUGUGAUGCAGAAUCUCUUGUGACAUUUUACAAUAUGGAUUUGUGUAGUUACAGAUUAUUUUGAGCAAUAAAAAUACCAUGUUCCUUUGUUGGCAAGAAAAUCAGCUCAAGUAAAUCUACAACGACAAUGAUGAUUAUGCUUCUACUAGAGUCCAAUAUGAAUUAUACUUAACACCUGGUUCCUGGCUUUACAGAAACAUAUCCAAAAGAAAAUUGUUUAAAAACAGUGCAUCACCAAUACCUUGUACAAUCUUCUAGUUCCUUGCUGAAACAAAGACAGACCAGCAAAGUAUUGCAUCGUUUGUACUUAAACUUGUUUUCUUCAAGGAGAAUUUACAUCUGUAAAGAAAGUUCUUACCAAGGCCGCUGUCAAAUAUUUAAAAAUAUCCUUCUGAAAACUUGAACUACUCUCAUACCUUUAGAAAACACAAAUAAAACUUGUAAAAAACAUUUGUAAUUAAAGUGGAUUGGUCUACAAUGUGCACAUUUUCCAUAAGUGUUGAUAACAAGACCACAAUUAGACAAUAAGAUAUGUGCAUUUUUGAUAGAUUUUGGAAAAGUUUACCCUGAGUUCUAAAAUGAUUUAGUAUGGGCACAAUAUAUGUUGAAUUAUAACAUUUUGUUCUAAAAAACUUUAUUAUAUGUUAUAUAUUUAUAUACCGUAUCGGAUCUAACACAUACCUACAACACCCACAUACAAUUUUUUU